AUGUCGAAGUUAAUUACAGAAAACGCAUCAACCAGUCAACUAGUUCGUUCUGAUUCCAUGGGUGGUCUCACGCAACACUGGGAAAAUGACAACAACGAUUGCUGUAGAACACGCGGAGAGUUACUUUCCAGUGUCAAUCUGACCUCUGAUACUAACUGUUGUAAGACCUCAAAGAUUCUUGUUUUCUGCCAAAAAAUCACAUUACGAAGAAUUUUCUGGCUGAUUGGGUUUAGCAUUGGUACAUAUCCAUUUGCGUACGUAAUUUCAGCCAUAAUUAUGUCAAUAUUAUCAUUUGGAAUAUAUUUUUUGAAGUUUGAAGAUCGAGUUCGAGAUGGUUAUACGCCAAUAACAUCAUUAUCUCGUCGCGAAGCGUAUUUUCUACGAGAUUUUACAAAUUCAUUUGAUGAUCCAACGUUGACCUCUGUUGUUCUUCGAGCUCGUGACGGUGGUUCUUUGCAUCGUCUCAAAUAUAUCAAAGAAGCAGCUCGACUGCAUCAAUUUUUUUUGAAUAAUUUUACCGCAGAGAUUCCUUCCUCUGGUGAAAAGAUUGUUUACAGUGAUAUCUGCGGAACUACAUGUAAUGCCAAUAUUGUCAUAGACUAUUUUCAGCGUGCAAUAGAAGAAGAGUAUAUGAAAGAGAAAAGAGGUAUACCACGUAGUAGUAUUACUAAUUUGACUUAUCCCGUGGCUAAAAUCUUCGGUUUUGAUAUGCAUUUGGAGCAAAACUUUUAUGGUGUACGGAUGAGAUCUCAAAACACUGCAAAAAGUAACCACAACAGCAGUACUAGUGGAAAUAUGCGAAGAAAACCUGCGACAUACACUGAAGAAGCAAUACUAGAAAAUAUCACUGAUAUUGAAUACAUUCAGCUUAUUUCCAUGUUUUUUCAAGGAUACGUAAAUAGCUCUUACACACAAGAAAAGUUAAAUGCGUGGGAACUGGCGGUAUAUAAGUAUGCAACGCAAAAUUAUGUUCACGAACCUAUUGAAAUUGUGGUUCUUGGAGUUGAAAUCGUAAAUCAAGAACUAAUUAAAGAUUCGCGACAAAUGGGACCAUACUUUGUUGCUGGUUUUUUCGCAAUGCUAUUGAUAGUCGUAGUUUCGGUACUGGGAAGUUCGAUGUUAUUUGAUGCCAUACACGCAGCUAAAUUAAUUGUUGCACUUGGUGCAGUGGCAUGCCCAAUUUUGGCAGUUACUGUCACUUUUGGUUUAUUUUCUUUAGCUCAACUCAGAACAAAUUCAGUUAUGCUAAUUACGCCUUUCUUAGUAAUGGGAAUUGGAGUCAAUGGUUCGUUCCUUAUGAUCCAUUCUUGGUUACGACUACCGAAUGAUUGUACUAUCCCUCAGCGACUUGGUUAUAUGCUUGAAGAAAUUGGUCCAUCCAUAACAAUUUCUACUCUCACAAAUGUGAUCACUUUCGGAAUCGGAGCACUGACACCAACUCCAGAAAUUGCAUUAUUUUGCUUCGAAACAGCAAUCGCGCUCGGAUUUGCCUAUAUUUUCACAUUGGUGUUGCUCUGUCCAUUGCUUUACUUGGCAUCAACUUUAGAAGGAAAAAGAAAAUAUAAAUUUGGCUUCUCUAAGAUUAUUGAUAAAAUGAAUGCAGGACUUAAAUGUUAUUGUUGGUUGGUAGCAUCAAAACCAUUUGGUGUAUUGGCUACCGUAUGUAUUUUGAUUUAUUGGAUUUUUGGUGUUAUUGGUGUGAUGAAUAUCGAAACGCGUUUAGACGUGGAAAAAAUACUACCUAAAAAUUCCCCAUUGCAGGAAGCAAAUGCUAUCCUAACAAACAUUGUUUGGAUGGAGUAUUAUCCAGUAACAGUUUUCGUAAACAGUCCAUUAAAUAUAGAAAAUGAUGCUAGUAUGAAACGAUUUAAUGCAAUGGUGAAUGAGUUUGAAACAUUAGAGGACUGUCGAGGAAAAGAAUUUACUCUUCUUUGGUUCAGAGAUUAUGAAAAAUAUUGGCUGGAUGCAUCUUUAUAUGACUUCGAUUAUUUCGCGUAUGAUGUUGUAAUAAAUGAAACUGUAGACAACAGUAUAACUACUGCAGUAAAACCUACAAAACAUGAACAAAAAUCUCAGCAUGAAGUAAUUGAUUACAGUAAACUGUCUGCUUUUCUGCAAUCGCCAAUUUAUAAGCACUGGAAAACGUUUUUGAAAUUGCGAAAUGAUACGGAGAUACCGGUGGAACGAUUCUGGUUUUUAGUGGUAUACGAGAAUGUAAAGGACUGGAAGCAACGCAUUGAACUAAUGCAACAUUGGAGAGGGAUAGCAAAUUCUUACAAAGAUUUAAAUGUAUCUGUCUGGCAAGCCAAUUCAAUGUUCGUUGAUCAAAUGCUUUCACUGAAAUCAGUUGCAGUGCAGACUUGUAUUUGGACCUUGAUAUGCAUGACAGCGGUAUGUGCUUUAUUUAUACAGAAUCCAUUCAGUGUAAUUAUCGCAUCUGUAACUAUCUUAUCUAUAAGUUUCGGCGUGAUCGGAUUCUUAUCCUGGUGGAACUUGGAUCUUGAUCCCGCGACUCUUUGCGCCAUAUUGAUGUGUAUUGGAAUGUCGGUCGAUUUUACUGCUCACGUAUCCUAUCAGUAUCAAGUUGGAGAGAAAAAAAUAAUCGCAGAGAAUCGAGUAAGAAAAUUACGAUUAAAUAGUAAUACAUCACGUUUGGAAUACACCUUGAAAAGCGUAUCAUGGCCAAUUUUGGAAGGAGCAGUAAGCACAAUUGCAUGUAUCUUACCCUUAUCACUCCUAAAGAAUUAUAUUCCGUUAGUAUUUGUGAAAACAAUAUUAUUGGUUGUAAUGUGGGGCUUAAUUCAUGGACUUGUAUUACUACCAACAUGUCUUUCACAGAUUCCUAACUCUUUACUAACAAUUAGCUGUUAUCGCACAAUUUUACGCAAACGUCAACUAUCCGGUAAUACUAGCAAUAUUAUCGAUGGUACUACCAAUAACAAUAAUUGUAAUAGAAACUUGGAGGACAAGAAGGAUAGAUAUCAUAAUGCAGGCGAAUAA